UCUCGUAUUCGCUGUCUAUCUCUUUCUGAUAUCAAUUCGCUUCCAGACAAAACAGAAUCCCAAAUCCCUACUCUGGCUGUUGUUCAUGGUGGAAAUCGCCGCGUGUGAUUUCAUGCUCUUCUCUCACUCUGCGAGGGUAACCGCGCAGUUGUUUUUCUCUCUCUCUGCUGCCUCUGCUCUCUCCUUUGGUUCCUGCAAGCAACGCUGGUACUACCGCUGCCUCGGCCUUGAUCCCUGAAAGAAUCCAAAACCCAUUAUUUCCUCUCUACCAAUCUAAAUUACUUUCUCAUCAUCCAUCAUCGCCUUGAUCUGUGAUCUUAUCGAGUUUCGUUUAUUUCGCUUUGAUUCGAUUCGAUUCGAUUCGAUUCUCUUAGCCCUUCAUCGUUCAGUUAUAUCUUCGAUUAGAAAACAAUAACAACGAAAAACGGAAGAAUGUUGCUUCAGAAACCCAAGAAGAACAACCAGUGCGUCAAGGGAAACCGUCUCUUGAUCAACAUCAAUGUCCUGGGCAGCGCUGGACCCAUCCGUUUCAUCGUCAGUGAGGAAGAGCUCGUCACGGCGGUCAUCGACACCGCCCUUAAAUCUUAUGCUCGCGAGGGUCGUCUCCCUGUUCUUGGCUCUAAUCUCAAAAAUUUCCUCCUCUACUGCGCCAAUGCCGGAGGCGAUGCUUUGAAUCCAUGGGAUACCAUUGGAUCACGCGGAGGAAGGAAUUUUGUGAUGUGCAAGAAGCCGCAACCCCAUCAGGAAACCAGGUCGGUUGGACGAGGGAUUCCAGUUGAAGCUGGAAAAUCUUCGCCGUCACCGAUGAUUUCUACUGCUCGGAAGGGGAAUAGUAGCUGGAAAUCAUGGCUUAACAAGUCCAUUAGUCUAAAGAUCUCUUCGCAUUGAAGCAAAAAUCUGAAAUUCAACCAUAAAGGAGGAAGGAAGCAG